UGUGCAUGUCUAUGCUGGAACAACAAAGAAUACAUUUUCCAUCUGUUGUGUGUGACAGGUGGCAACACUGGCAUUGGGAAGGCGACUGCCGCAGGGCUGGCCAUGAGAGGAGCCCGAGUGAUUCUGGCCUGCCGCAGCAAACAGAGAGGAGAAGCAGCAGCACAAGAAAUCAGGACCGAAACUGGGAAUGAUGCUGUGAUCUUCAUGCAACUGGAUCUUGCAAGUCAGAAAUCCAUCCGAUCUUUUGCCGAAACCUUCCUGAAGGCCGAGCCCAGACUAGACCUGCUCAUCAAUAAUGCUGGACUGGGCGCUCCAGGACGCACUGAAGAUGGCAUCGGGAUGAUCCUCGGUGUCAAUCAUAUCGGUCCAUUCCUGUUGACCAAUCUUCUGCUGGAGCGUCUCAAGGAGUGUGCGCCCAGCAGAGUGAUCACCGUGUCGUCUUGUGGUCAUGAUCAGGGCACUAUUGAUUUCAACUGCAUCAACACACACAAGAAGCUCGCUCUGGGAUCAUCUGACGCUGAUUUAUUCAGGGCCUACACCCACAGCAAGCUCUGUAAUGUGCUCUUCACUCAUGAACUGGCCAAGAGACUGGAGGGAACCGGCGUCACAUGCUACAGUCUCCAUCCAGGGUCGGUAAGAUCAGAGCUUGCCCGUGACAUCAAUGAAUGGCACACACAGAUUAUCAAGACCAUUGUUAACAAGUUCUGGGCGACCGACCCGGUGUCCGGGUCUCAGACGACGCUGUACUGCGCACUACAAGAGAACAUCGAGCACCUGAGCGGACGAUACUUUUCUGACUGUCAGCUGGUGCAAGUCAAGCCUGAGGCCAGAGACGAUGGAAUCGCCAAAAAACUGUGGGACGUCAGUGAGAAGUUAUGUGGCAUAGCUUGAAUACACACUGCUGUGAGAAAAGUACUGCAAUAUCUUGAUUUUGGUAUUUUUUCUUUUGAUAUAUAAUGUGUUCAGACAGAGUCAGAAAUAUCACAAUUAUGUUCUGAGCACACAAGUGAGUGGAAAGUCUGUAACCAGUAGUGUUAAUCAUUCAACUUUUAUAUUUAGCUUCACAUGUAGUUGUGAUUGAAAUUUUUUUUUUUUUUUUGCAUAAUCAAUUUAAAAAUGGAGAAAUAUAAAAAUAUUCAUUGAAAGUUGUUGAUUCUAGCUAUAUAAAUAAAUAAAUAAAUAUAUAUAUAUAUAUAUAUAUAUAUAUAUAUAUAUAUAAAAUAAUAUAUGUGUGAGUGUGUUUGUAUACUGUAUAUAUGAAUGCCUAUUUUGAGACAGCAUAGUGAGACCGAAUGGACUUUUCUUUGGACUCAGUUACAUAAUUCAUGGUGCUGCAUGGGAUUGGGUGGAUCUUUUGGCAUAAUGUGGUUGCUGUGACUCUCUUAUUGAAUUUUGUUUACAGCAUCAUGGGUAUUGUAGUUUUUUUCACUACACAUAAUUUUUUUUAAAAAAUAAGGCUUUAACUAAUGCAUAAUACCAUUAAAAGCCAGUUACCAAUUUCUCUAUGGAGAGUUUUUACUUCCAAAACAUGACUGUUGAACUCUAUAAUAAACACCAGACUCAGAGGAAUGGGUUUCCCAGGCACAC